GACCGCGGCGGCGGCUCCCGGAACCGGCGCGAAUCCGGCCCCCGCAGCGGGACCCGGGCAGGUCUUGACGAGCCCCGCCUGGGCCUAAGCUUGCGGAGGAUGGAAACACUCACCCCGCAAUGUCUCUGGGCCGCCUCCUUCGCCGGGCCUCCUCCAAAGCCUCCGACCUCCUGACCCUCACUGCUGGCGGCAGUGGCAGCGGGUCCCCCUCCCUCCUGGAUGGUGAGAUUAUCUACUCGAAGAACAAUGUCUGCGUGCACCCGCCCGAGGGGCUGCAGGGGCUGGGUGAGCACCACCCAGGUUACCUGUGCUUGUACAUGGAAAAGGAUGAGACACUGGGUGCCACCCUCAUCCUGGCGUGGGUCCCCAACUCUCGGAUCCAGAGGCAGGACGAGGAGGCCCUGCGCUACAUCACCCCAGAGAGCUCCCCUGUGCACAAGGCACCCCGCUCCCGGGGCCGGCGCACCCAGAGCUCGGGGGGCCCCCACCAGACCUCCCCCACGGAACCACGCCCCUCGCUGAUUCCAAAAGAUGAGGACAUCCUGGUGGUGGCCCAGAGCAUUGGAGACACUGUGCUCCCCAGCCCUUCACUGGAGAACGGAGAGAAGCUCGCCAAGGGCCUGGGGGAGGAUGGGCCCCUCCCGGCCUCACAGCCUGCCCACAGCGACUCCGGAACCUUGUCCACUGUCAGCUCCCAGGAUGGGACUGAGGAGGGGCAGGAGCCUCGGCCCGAGGUGGGAGAGAAGGAGGGCUCCCUAGAGUUGUCGGCUGAGGGUGUAAGCAGAGACAGCUCCUUCGACUCGGACUCAGACGCCUUCUCCUCUCCCUUCUGCCUCUCACCCAUCAGCACAGCCCUGGCCGAAGGCCGCGGCUCUGUGUUUCUGGAAAGCGACAGCAGCUCCCCACCCAGCUCGGACGCUGGCCUGCAGCUCCCAGACAGCAACAGCCUCCUGCAGACCCCGCGCUGGGAUGAGCCGCAACGGGUGUGCGCCCUGGAGCAGAUCUGUGGCGUGUUCCGGGUGGACCUGGGCCACAUGCGGUCCCUGCGCCUGUUCUUCAGCGACGAGGCGUGCACCAGUGGGCAGCUGGUGGUCGCCAGCCGGGAGAGCCAGUACAAGGUCCUGUACUUCCACCACGGGGGCCUGGACAAGCUGGCGGACGUGUUUCAGCAGUGGAAGUACUGCGCCGAGACACACCUCGGGGACCAGCUGCAGUUUCGCCCUGGAUUCGUGACUGCUCGUGGAGACAAUCUGACAGGCCGGCUCCCUGCCCGCAGAACAGCGAUGCCUUUUUUCCCUCCUGUCCGGCAGGUCGCCCCUGAAAAGACAUGCAUGCAUUUCUCCAUCCGGCGCCCCAAACUGCCAUCCUCUGAGACGCACCCUGAGGAGAGUAUGUACAGGAGGCUGGACGUGUCCACCUGGCUUGGCCACCUGAAUGAGCUGGGCCAGGUGGAGGAGGAGUACAAGCUUCGCAAGGCCAUUUUCUUUGGCGGCAUUGAUGUGUCAAUCCGGGGGGAGGUCUGGCCCUUCCUGCUGCGCUAUUACAGCCACAAGUCCACGUCGGAGGAGCGGGAGGCACUGCGUGUGCAGAAGCGAAGGGAAUAUUCUGAGAUUCAGCGGAAAAGGCUGUCCAUGACUCCCGAGGAGCACAGGGUGUUCUGGCGCAGCGUGCAAUUCACCGUGGACAAGGACGUGGUCCGGACAGAUCGGAGCAACCAGUUCUUCCGAGGGGAAGGCAACCCAAACGUGGAAAGCAUGAGGAGGAUCUUGCUCAACUACGCCGUGUACAACCCGGCUGUCGGCUACUCCCAGGGGAUGUCAGACCUGGUGGCACCCAUCCUGGCCGAGGUCCUGGACGAAUCGGACACCUUUUGGUGCUUUGUCGGUUUGAUGCAAAACACGAUCUUUGUUAGCUCUCCUCGGGACGAGGACAUGGAGAAACAGCUGCUGUACCUGCGGGAGCUGCUGCGCCUGACACACCUGCGGUUCUAUCAGCACCUGGUCUCGCUGGGCGAGGACGGCCUGCAGAUGCUCUUCUGCCACCGCUGGCUCCUGCUGUGCUUCAAGCGGGAAUUCCCAGAGGCCGAGGCUCUACGGAUCUGGGAGGCCUGCUGGGCCCACUACCAGACGGACUACUUCCACCUAUUCAUCUGCGUGGCCAUCGUGGCUAUCUAUGGGGAUGAUGUCAUCGAGCAGCAGCUGGCCACUGACCAGAUGCUCCUGCACUUCGGAAACCUGGCCAUGCACAUGAAUGGGGAGCUGGUUCUCAGGAAGGCGAGGAGUUUGCUUUACCAGUUUCGCCUUCUGCCCCGGAUCCCCUGCAGCCUGCAUGACCUGUGUAAGCUGUGUGGAACAGGCAUGUGGGACAGCGGGUACAUGCCUGCCGUGGAGUGCACUGGCCAACACGCAGGCUCGGAGAGCUGUCCCUAUGGGGGCACAGUGGAGGUGCCUUCACCCAAGCCCCUGAGAGAAUGCAUGAAGAGCCCAAAGGCACCCCGGGAAGGCUUCGGUUUCCGCAGAUAGGGUGGGCGCCCCACUGUGCAGGGGUGAAGGGGCCUUGCUGUAGGUCCUGGGCAUGGAGGGGACAGAUGGAACAGACAGGGGACAGUGGAAAUGAGAGGAAAUGCCUUUGGGCAAUGUGAAGGGAAUCUUUUCAUAGUAAUGACAAAGUCAGAGUCUGGAAGUGACAGCAGCAAGGUCUACCCCACCCUAGAUAGGCCAGCCCCAGGGACCUUGGGUCCGGGACGCACAGCCGCUCCACCUGGGGUGCAGGCUGCCUUGGAUUCUAUUCUGGCUGCCUUUGGAGGAUUUCAACGUGUCCCAAGAGUUCUUCCCACUUCGUGGCAAACACACGGCACUGCCAGGCACCAGGAAGGGCAGAGACAGGAGAAGAAGGCCUUGUUCACCCACCAGCACUGAGGGCUGCAGAAUGGAGGGGUCUGUUCCAGGCCCAGAGACAUCUUUGCAAACCAAACGAAUGCGCCCACAGUGGUGACAUCAGCAUGUGUCUGAUGCAGCGUCUGCCCGAAGCAAAGGAAAAGUCCGAUUGAUUUCAGGAUAGAGGAGCAUGGGGCUUUUAACACUGCCCCUUUACACAUUCCCUGCGGGUGUCAUGUGAAAGGUCCACCUGCUGCGAGGCUGGCCCCAGGUGCUGGGGAACAGCAGAAUUCUGCUCCCUUAACCAAGGGUCCUCCAUAUGUGGUUUUUUAGCAUUGUUUAAGGUCAUCCUCACCAGAUACAGCAACCGACUGGGGGCUAAAUGGGUCAAGGUUUGUGUGUGUGCGUGCAUGUGUACGUGUGCCAGAUGCCCCGAAGAGAAUCUGCUUUAUCCCAGGACAUAGUAGUGAAUUAACUGACCAGCCAAGAUAAAGGCACCUGCAGUCAGACAGACUCUUCACUUCCCCGCAGGGCCUGCAUGCUCUGUCAUGAACAUGGGUGUUUUAGAAGUCAGCUUCUCAGGGGGUCAGACACAAGAGCUACUACAGUAAAGUAGCCAGCACUCAGGGCUUUCUGCUUUCUGCGCGGGAAGAAACCACCUCUACAAGGUCCUCCCUCGUAUCACACUCCUGCAUCCAAAACACUACAUAUCACUUGCUCCUUCUGGGAUGUAGAGACGGACAGACGAAGGCAUGUGAACUAUGGUGUUAGAGUGUCCAGCUAACUAAAAAGUGUCAAAGCCAUUUACAUGGAAAGUCAUAAACUGAGUCCCUCCUUGCACCUGCCAGCAUGUCUUUCUGGGAGAGAAAAGUUCUUGUCCUGCUGAGAAUCAUCCUGGGACAGAGAUCAAGGGUUUCCUCCUGUUCUCAGCCUUUCCCACUGAAGGGUGGCGCUGCCGGACAGUGCCACUUUGGAAAGAUGUCUGUCACCCAGGAAGGGGAGGUGACCAUGUGCCAGCCUCCUCCUCCCCAGCUUCUCUUUUCUCCAUGAACCUACGCUCUCCAGGAGGCACUUCUGACUCCGGGGGUCCUUCUGUCCAAGAGCCUUUUGGGGAGACCGGUCCGGAUCCCCUCAGUGACCAGCUCUUGGGGUUCUGGCCAUUACAGUCCAGCACUGGGGGACCUGAGGGCGGCUGUGGGAGUGGACUUCUGGGGAAGGAGGGCUGCCCUUCUGUGUUGCUGCUGACCCUCCCCAGACCCACAUCCCAUGAACAGGCUAUCAGCUGCCCACAGCCACACGCCCCAGAACUGAGUGGCCUACAUCUGCACUUGAGCUUGCGUGUCAGCGUCUGGGCUGGGCUGGGCUUGCUCUCCCACAUCUGCGGCCACCUAGCAGCUUGGUCCCUGGGUGCUGUGGGUCAGAGGUGGAAGUCUGGCUGGUCUGCACACUCCUGCAUCCCUCCUGCAGGCUGGUCCCGAGGACACAGAAGCAGAAACAGAAAAGUGCCACGUCCAAGCCUUGGUGGAUACCACACCUGCGCCGUCCCAUUGGCGAAAGCAAGCCAGGAGGUCAGACUCAGCAUUAAGGGACGGGGAGACGGACCCUCCCCUUUAGCAUUCUCUCUGCACAAUCCUGUGGCAAAAGCUGAGGAUUUGGAGGGGCAAAGGAGUAGGACCAUCAUCACCGUCAGUCUCCCACCACUGCCAAGCCUCGGUGCAGGUGACACUGUUCCAGAACUCUCCUUCCCUGGUGAGGCAGAGCAUGUCCCUCACCCUGUCCAGCAGGACAGCAUUCUUCUUUUUAUUUUGUUCUCAUUUGUUUCUCUGUAGGGGUUUUC